UAUUCAUGCAUUUAUUUAUCUAUACUUUUUUUUUGUCUUCCAUACCGGUUUGUUUGUCUUACGCGACAUUGUACAAACGAGGACGUGUGCUGAACAGCUGGAGGCGCUAUCACCCGGAAGAGGAACGAAGCUGCCCUCUAUUUUGGCGAAGAAGAAGAAAACAGCCGCUGUUGCAUCUUGCAUGGAUACGAGGGACGCCGAGAGGACGCUGUGCUUUAAGCAUGCAGCGUGUAACAGAUAGAGACCGGCGAACCCACGAGGCGUUUUAUCAAUCGAUAAUUUACCUUUUAUCUGUGAUAUUGUUGCAGCUCGUAUGUCAGUUAGAUACAUAGCUUAGCCACAUGCUAGCUGAUGUUGAGGCUACUGCGCGUGGUGAAACCACCCUAAACACGGGGAGCUAAUAUGUAGCUGACGGUCACUAAAGAGUUAUUAUAUAUCGACGUGUAUGACGUCAUAGCAGGUCUAACCAUGUGGAAACGAGUGGGUCAAAGGUCGGCUCUAGACCGAUCUCGGGCGCUGCUGUCUGCCAGGAGGAGCAGCGGGGGGGACGUUGAGUCCGUCCAGGGGUCCACGGGGACAGCAGCUGCUGGUGGAUCUUUGAAAACCAAAUAUUCAAACACAAACCCUUUGUUGUCUAGUCUGAGCGACCUGUCCUCGGGCAGCUCAGCGGCUGAGCAUGGAGGGGACACCAUGCAGGGCUCUGCUGCUCCUGCCGGCAGGAGCCAGGCCAGAGAACGGCUUCUGACCGAGGAUCUCAGACCUGAGCGCCCUCUGGGUGGAGGAGGGAGCAGGUUCUUAAAGAAGGCUCCACCAGCUGCUUCCAGUAGCAGCCUGUCACCUGUCCUUAAGGGCCAAAGGCAGCAGGCACCUGGACCCAGAAAUGUGCCAUCUUACCAGCGGGGCUCCCAGGCUGCUGCUUUGAGUAAACUGGCUCAGAUUGAGAGACGCAUCCGCAAGCAGGUUCAGGGAGAUGCCAGACAGGGGCCAAAACCUGCAGAGGAUCUAACCUCAGAUGAGGAAAUCUCCCCUGCCGCCCGAUACCUGGAGGCCCCUGUGCAACACUCAGUACAGUCCAACAGUGACCAGAUCCUGAGGGGGUCACGUUUCCUCAAGAACAAGACGCCUGUAACUGUUAAUACGCUUGAUGCUGCUGCCGGUGCUCGGCCACCAAAAGGCACUGAUAUUGGUGUUAGGUCCAGGUCCAGAGCUGCUGAUACUGUAGUUCCUUUGGCGGCUUUGGAGACAAAGCCAGUGAGAGUAGCGAGUGGUGUCAGUCUGGAAGGUGAUGAAGAGGACACGAGGAAACUUCUUGGGGACACAUUGGAUUCAAUAAACCACCUCUCAAUGUCUAAGAGGCCCUCUUCCAUAAGAACAGCAGACAAGAUUGUCCCCUCCUCACCUCCCCCCGCUGUCGUCCCUCCCUCGUCGUCCUUAAACACAGCACCACCCGGCGGCGCCGCCUCUCCUUCCUGCCACAGUUCUCCUUUUCGAUUCCCUGGAGAGGCUCAGGCCCUCUUCAGCCCCCCUGUGCCCUCCCCACCUCCCUCUCCUCCCUGUGUUUCCUCACCUCCUCCAGGGAGGGAGGGGAGUCCUCAGCGCUCCCUCUCCUCCUUCUCAGGCCGCGGGGAGGUGCUUUCUCUGGAGGAGCUCUUCUUGGGAGAUCCCCAGAGUGAGACGAGUGCUGUUACCUCUGGAGCUGGACAACAAGACUUCAAGAUAAAUGUGAUGACAUUGGACGACCUUGGAUUCACUGAGAACACGCCAGGAGAAGAGAGAGAAGAAUCCCCCAACAGACAUCAAGAGCAGCAGCCCCAAUCGAAGGAGAAGAAAGACGAGCUGCAGGUAGAGGAAGAGGACGCCGGUCUCUACCAAAGUGACUUUGACAGUGAGCCGGAUUACAGCGUUUCAGAGCACUUGCGAGGAGCUGGAGGGGAGCCGGACUUGGAGCAUUCCAACACGUCCCGUAGGAGGACACAAGACGAUUACUCGAGCACCGUCUCAGGUCACAGUCAACCACUCACCAAAAGCGAUGACUCAAGAUCCUCUGUGUCACAUGACGGCCGGAUAUCAUCCCGCCAGUCGAGGUGGCCAAACUCAUCUAGGAAGGUUUUAAAAGAAACAGCAGUACAGACUCAGCAUGAUCCUCUGGCUUACACAUGGCCCGCCGGUGCUCUUGCCCCCCCGGUGAGAAUGACUUACAUGGAUCCCACGCCAGUGGGAGCUUACACCCUCAGUGCAGAAAUGGUGGAAGCCCUCAGUACCUCCAACCCAGCUGUUUUUGCACUCAAUGAAAUGCUGAAACAGCAACUUGCCAUGACCAGGCGGCUCAUGGAAAGCAGGCAUCGCCUUCACUCCAGCUUGGUGCAGAGCCUGGGACCAGCGAACUACAGAUACACCACGCUGGAGGACACCAAGGAGUACAUUCGCAUACACAGACGUCCCAAACUGAAAAUGGAGGAAGCCUUAGAAGAGCUGCUGCAGGAGAUGAGAGACCACCGUCCCAUGUGAGGGUGCUGAAGGGACUCCUGAGCAGCUGACGUGGAUUUGUCAUGUCCUUUUUAUGUUAAGAGGUUUUUAUUAAUAAUUAAAUACUGUUUUUCUAACAUGGAA